AUUUUUUGUUUAUUUCUCUUUUUUAAUAUUUUAAUCUCAUGUCUACUCAUACCAAAAAGUCAAAGUGGGAAUCCGAUGAAACAUUACGAAGAACCAAAAAGAAAAAAACCACUAGUCACAGCACAACAGGAUCCAGCACAUUGAAGAAAGAUUCACCUCUUAUUCGACCAAAACAACCAUCAACGACCAUGUCACCACAGAUCAGUCGACCUGCCACACCCGUACGACGUUUGAUUCCUCCAUCACAACCUAGUUUAGAUUCUACCACAACUUUACUUCAGUCCUGUCGAUCGGUAGAUGUAUAUGAACGCUUGAAUCAUAUCGAAGAAGGCUCUUAUGGUAUUGUGUUCCGAGCACGCGACAAGGCCACAGGCGAUAUUGUGGCGGUCAAGAAACUCAAACUCGAUAAGGAAAAAAACGGCUUCCCUAUUACUAGUUUACGUGAAAUCCAUACCCUGAUGAUUGCAAAACAUCCCAAUAUUGUCAAUGUACGUGAAAUUGUCAUGGGAAAUCGUUUGGAUCAAGUGUUUAUAGUGAUGGACUUCAUAGAUCAUGAUUUGAAAACAUUAAUGACUGAUAUGCAAACUACAUUUUUACAAUCUGAAGUCAAAACGUUGAUGAUUCAAUUACUAUCAGCAGUGGCAUUGAUGCAUGAUAAUUGGAUUAUUCAUCGUGAUUUAAAGACAAGCAAUUUACUUUUGAAUAAUCGUGGUGAAAUCAAAGUAGCCGAUUUUGGUUUGGCAAGGAUUUAUGGAAGUCCUAUGGGUCAUAUGACUCAAUUAGUAGUGACACUUUGGUAUAGAGCACCUGAACUAUUAUUGGGUGGCAAGGAAUAUACCACUGCUAUUGAUAUGUGGUCUAUUGGAUGUAUUUUUGCAGAAAUGAUUAACAAUGAACCUUUGGUAGCUGGUAGAAGUGAAAUUGAUCAAGUAGAUAAGAUCUUCAAAUUGUUAGGUAUGCCAGAUGAAAAGCGAUGGCCUGGAUUCAAGGAUUUACCACAUGCAAACAACAUUGCUUUUGUAGACCAACCACAUAACAACAUACGAGCGAAAUUCCCAUACUUGACUGAAGCCGGCAUGGAUCUAUUGAUGAAACUGUUAUGUUAUGACCCUGAACAACGAAUUACUGCAGAACAAGCAUUGAAACAUCCUUAUUUUAGUGAAAGUCCAUUACCAAAAGAUCCUGCUUUAUUUCCAACAUGGCCAUCCAAAGGAUCUGGUGAAAAGAAACGAGUCUAUAGCCCUUCUGCUCCUCAAGUCGCUCAUGCUGGUGAAGAGGAUGAUAAAAUGGCUGGCAUGGAAGGAAGUAUUUUUGCUGGUCAAGCGGCUGAUAAGGGUGGAUUCAGAUUGAAAUUAGGAUGAUAGAUUAGAAUAGAUUUGUAUACAUUUUUUUUAUGAAAUAAACAUUUUGUUGCUCUCCAUUGG